CUUUAAUACAUCUCUCUUCACUUCAAGCUACGCCAUCCCGACGAUGCUUGUCGCAGCCUGGCCACCAUGAACGGCGUAAUAGAGGCGCUGCACAUCUAUGAUGAGCAUAAUCGUGCGAUUCUCUCUCAUACCUAUACCUCCCGUCCACUUUCCGCAACUCAUCUUCUUCCACUCUACCUCGAACACCCAGCUCCAAGACCCAAUCUAAUCUACCUACCGAAUACGAAUUCUCCGACUCUUGUAUUCAGUCUCACGCAUGCCAAUCUACUUUAUCUAGCCACAUCUUCCUCCGAAAUAGAACCCCUUCUCGUACUCGAAUUUCUCCAUCGUGUAAUCGAUGCCCUCGAAGAAUUUCUUGGUGCGCCGGUAUUAGCACACAAGAUCGAAGCUAACUACGAUGUCGUCGCUCAACUCCUUACCGAGAUGUGCGACGCUGGCACUAUCAGUACUACAGAACCGAACGCCUUGAGGGAUGUAGUUGAGGUGGAAGGUUUGUUGGGCAAACUACUUGGAAGCAUCAAUUUACCGGGAAAAUCUCCGAGUAACUCCAGUACACCGUCACUUAUAGCUCAAAAUGCGCCGGCACUACCUUGGAGACGAGCGAAUGUGCGACAUACAUCGAAUGAACUUUAUGCCGAUAUUGUAGAGACGUUAUCGGUUACUCUCGCGCCAUCUGGUAGGCCGAUUGCCGCAUACGCAAAUGGCACGAUCGCUUUCACAUCUAAAGUAUCUGGAGUUCCAGAUAUACUCUUAAAUCUUACAGGACCAUCAGGGAAACACAAUCUGAGAAGUGUCAUGGAGCUGCCGGUAUUCCACCCAUGUGUUCGCUUAAAUAGGUGGAGGGACAGCCCAGGGGAGCUCAGCUUCAUACCGCCAGACGGACGUUUCAUUCUCGCAGGCUACGAGGUCGAUUUAUUACCUUUUACUAAUGGCAAGGCUGGGAAUUUGAGCUCAAACAGUUUAAGACUCCCUGUGAAUAUAGAAGUCAAGACCGGUUUGGGUUCCGCUGGCUCCGACUUUGAAGUGCGACUCAAUCUCAAUAGGAAUUUCGGACCCUCUAGUUCAUCUUUAUCUGGUUCCAAUCGGGGAGGGGGAUCGGCCGGGAGAAGUUUCGGAGGCCCUCACGCGGGAUCAGCUGCCGCGCCGUUAUUACAAGACCUUGUUGUUUCAGUGCCAUUACCUUCAGAAGUUAGGAACCUUUUGGAUCUUCGGCCGAGCAAAGGAGAUGCCACUUUCAACCUGGCAGAUAAGGUGUUAGAAUGGCAUAUACCGACGAAGGAGCUUUCAGCCGGGGGUUCAUAUUAUGGCCUUCGGUGCACAGUCCUGGGUCCGUUCACUGAAGAACAAGAAGAUGCAGAUCCUAAUGGAUUCGGCUUUGGUAAAGAUUAUACCUACGAUGAACCGUAUCAAAGCAAUACGGACAAGAAGACCAAGAAAAACGAAGGGGCCUCAGAAAGCGAGAAGGAUGCGAAAAGGAUAGCUCAGAAUAAGAUCCUGAUGCCUAGUUCCGCGUCUGUCAGUUUCUCGGUCAAGGGGUGGUUAUCGAGCGGAAUUAAGGUCGAGAGCAUUCUGAUAGAUCCGAGGAAAAGUAGAGGUCUCGGAGAAGGAGUAAAGCCCUAUAAAGGAGUGAAGUACCUUACCGUCAGUAAGGGAGGUGUUGAGAUCAGAUGUUGAACGCGCAUAAGGUAGCACGUUACAUUUGGAGUUGGAGAAUGCAUUGCAUGGUUGGAGUUUUGGUAUAACAGCUCCAGUUUACAGAUACUACCAUGCGUAGAUCAUCGAGACGAUCAAGCUAGUAUUAAAUUAAAUAAUUACCUAUGUGACCUGUCAAUGCCAUGAUUACAUAGCCCAGAUGUGGGAUUCC